AUGCCCGGGGAAAGGCCUCUCAGUACAACGGUCAUCCCUAAUGCCAAAAGGGAACGGAAAGCGAUAACCCUUGACAUCAAAUUAGAAGUGUUAAGGCGAUUCGAAGUAGGAGAAAAGCUCAGUCAAAUCGCAAAGGCCUUGGGCCUUGCUGUGUCUACAGUGGCGACCAUCCGAGAUAAUAAAGAAAAAGCGAGUUCACGAAUAGCUACUCCUUUGAGAGCCUCUCGGUUGACUCGCCAUAGGAGUGCAGUAAUGGAGAACAUGGAGCGAUUGCUGAGCAUGUGGCUGGAAGACCAGAGCCAGCGAAAUAUGCCCUUGAGUGUCACUAUCAUUCAGGAGAAGGCUAAGAGUUUGCUAGAUGAUUUACAGCGUGAACAAGGCGAAAACUCUCAAACGGAGAAGUUUAGUGCAAGUAAAGGGUGGUUUGUGAGAUUCUAGGAGCGCCAUUGUUUGCCCCACUUCAAGAUGAACAGUGGAGCUCCUGGCAACAAAAACCUAUAUCCAGAAGUGCUGAAAAUCAUCAUCAAAGAAGGUGAGUACACC